GAGAGAGAGAGAGAGAGAGAGAGAGAGAGACUGUACUGCUGCAAGGUUGACACGACUGUUGUCGAAGUCUGUAAAUGCACACUUUUCUUCCUGAGCUGGGGACAAAACGAAUCUGUCCGUGUCAGAGAGGAAGCGAGGGUUCCUGCCUCAGCCUGCCCCAGUCGCAGGUGAAAGAUGGCAGUAACUACGAGGAGGAUUCUGAACUCCACCAUGCCCUUCAGAGGGCCGGCCCUGAAGGGCUCCUUCGACAAGAGCAUCUACGCCGAUGCCUCCACAACAGAGCCCGACCUCAAGCAGAAGGGCAAGACAGAGAAGGUGCCCGGCGCUGACCACAUAUCUGACUUGCUGGUCAGAGUGUUGACCCAGGGGUCAGCAGAACAGGUCGGAACGGGCAGGGUGCCGGAGUGCAGCAGCCCCUUUAUCGCCCAAGCACAAUGUGAAUCUCAGGACUCGCAGGAGUUCUCUCCCACUGGCAGUGAGAAGUACAGGUGUCGAGAUCCACAGCCGCCAUAUGAACAGAACAACAGACACAGUCCCCACCAGAGCAGCCAGCGGGCCCCUGCGGAGGAGCUCGUUGCGCCGGCCACUGUGGACGGGCCGCAGCAGGUGGGCAAGAGGAGGCGCAAGCGGAAGCAUCGGACCAGGCGGAGGGGCAGGAAGGAGCAGCAGCAGGAGGAGGCUGGAGGGGAGGUGCGGAGGGAGAGAGCGCACACCGGCGUGCCCGAGCAGGAGUCCGGAGAGAUCCCACCACAGUUGCAUCCCUUUCGCACGGCUCUGUCAGAGGGGGGGUUGUCAGAGUGCAGCAGCAGCAGCAGCAGCGGCGAUGAGAGCGGUUGGGUCCAGGAGACUGGGGACUGGGUGACCCCGUCAUCCCGCCACCACUGCCUCCCUUUCGGGCAGCCGAGCCUGGACGCCGGUGGCCCCGGCUCCGCCACGGAUCUGGCCGUGCAGUCCUACAGGAACACGGUGAACUACGAGGACAAGAGAGACGGGAGAGAGUACAUCCCCCCCCUCGUGGAGGCCAUAAUGAGAGACUACAGGGAGAAGGAGGACAAACUGCAGGAGGAAGACGUCAAUGAGGGCUUAGUUCUCCAUGAGAAGCUGCAGCCGGUGGAGUUUGAGUACCGGGAGGGCCGCGAGUACACCAGCCGCCUCAUCAAAAGCGGCUCCUAUGGAGACGUGUGCCGGGUCCGAGACAACAGCACAGGCUUUGUGUGCGCCGCCAAAAAGGUGCCCCUGAGUCGCUUCAAGAGUGGGGAGGUAGGUGCGUGGAGCUGCCUGCUUCCUCUGGCCUGUGUGGUGGAGCUGUUUGGUGCCGUCCGCGAGGGAGCCAACAUGAUCCUCUUCAUGGACCUCAAGUCUGGCUCUUUAGGUCAGCUCCUCGAGCAGCGGGGGCGGCUCCCACAGGACCUGGCCUUGUACUACUUUACCCAGGGGCUGGAGGCUCUACAGUACCUUCACCAGAGGCAAAUCCUGCAUCUAGACGUCAAAGCUGAUAAUAUGCUGCUGUCAGAGGAUGGGAAGAACAUCCUUCUGUGCGACUUUGGACACUCAGAGAAACUGAAUACACAUGGCGAGUGCAUCAGAGUAAAUACAGAGAUGAAAGGCACAGAGACACACAUGGCCCCUGAGAUGGUGAAAGCCGAGCGCUGCGGCACCAAGGCAGAUGUGUGGAGCAGCAGCUGCAUGCUCCUGCACCUGCUCACUGGCUGCCACCCCUGGACACGCCUCUACUCCCGCCCCCUCUACCUCACGAUCGCCAAUGAGCCGCCGCCCUUGAGGGAGAUUCCGCCUGACUGCGGCCCCCUGGUCACAGAGGUCCUGAAGGCGGGGCUUCAGAAAGAGCCAAUCAGGAGAGCGUCCACUCAGGAGCUGAGGGUGCAGGCAACACGAGCCCUCCAAGCAGUGGGUGGACUGACCAGCCCUGUUAAAGGACCUUAUGUGAAACCACUGGCGAAGUUAGCCAAGAACAGCCCUGCGCCGUCCGAUGCCAUCACACUCACGCCCACCCCGACUCCCACUGUCACACCCCACCCCACUCCGCCUGCCUCCUCCUCCUCCUCCUCUUCUACCGGUCUGUCGGCGGAACCGGGGCGGAAGAGGAGCCACUCCAGGAGGAAGGAGCAGGAGGAGGAGACGGAGGUGGAGGAGGGACAGUGUGCACCUCCAUCUUCAUCUCCAGCGCCUCUGCACACGGGCAGCAGCCCCGUAGCCCAGGAGCUACGCAAGCUGGAGCGAGACUUCUUCCUCACCAGCCUUUCUCAGCUCCACUCUGCGGAGCUUCAGGAGCAGCUUCUGUCUUGUCUGAGCAGUGAGGGCCCCUCACACUUGGACCACUGGGAUAAAAAGGACUCAGGGCGCUGGUCUCUCAGCCCAGGUGAAGAACUCAGCUCAGGUGUAUUUUCUGGCAACAGCCAGUCAGAGACCCAAAGCUUCGGCAUGGAAUGGCGUGGCAACCCCACCCUGCGCCACCAAUUUUCCGUAGCAGGAGUGGACGUCUGCAUCCGGGACUUCGGCGGUCGACUCAUCCACAUCCGUGAGAAGCCCAGAGUCAGCGUGGGUCACGUCGCCCGAGGCAUCAGCGAGCAGAUCUCAGAGCCCGUGUUCAGCCUGCAGAGUAUGGACGGUCGCCCCGUGUCACACGACGAGGAGAUGCUGGAGUCCGGCCUGUUCCUGCGCUGUGUCCACGCUCCCGACUGUAACCACUCCCCUGUCACGGGCCACACACCGUCCUGCAUGCAGUCCUGGAGGUGGAGGAUCAAAAACGGUCGCCUGGAGACCAAGAACUGAUCGCUUCCACUCCGUUACCGUCACCCAUAUCCACCUACCUUCAUCCUUGUGCUGUUCAUGAGAUUGUCAAGCUUUUACUUGUGUGGUCUGAAUUAGUGCUGUCACAAAUGCAAUAAGCUCUCAGAUGUCUGGUUCCCAGGCUGAAUCAGUAGAUGAGUAUAAGCAUCUUUUCGUGCCUGACUUUGCUGGAACAUUGGCCAUAGGGAUAUUCAGCAGUUUACCUGGUCUUCUUUGCAAACUCUACAUACUGUAUCUAUGUAAAUAAGAUGUUUGUUAAGUCCUUCCUGUGAGUUCAUGUUUUAUUGGAUUACACAUAUUCAACGAGGUUGCCCUAUUAUGUCCUUACAUUUUACCAUUAAAUCUGGAUUGAACUCACAGUAAAACAGAAAAAAUGAAUUUGUGCACUUUGUACCUAGAAGUUCAAAUGUGACAAAUUGACAUCAUGCAUUGUAAUUAAAUUGCAACCACCAUCAAUCAGGAACACAUCAGUGAGAUGGCCACACUGCCUUCCUAUUGUGGUACAUGUCCACUGCACAUGGAAGGAAUGAGACAAAAAAAGUCUAAAACCACUUCAAGCAGCGUUAAUAUUCAGAUUGUUACCUCAUUGUUCAUGCAAUGUGACUUUGGAUACGUCCUGAUGUCUGUGGCUUGCUUGUUUUCGUGGUGCAUUGUGGAAAUGUUUAGCAGAAUAAAAUGUCCAGUGAUUUGCUUUACAAAGAAGCAUAAUGGGAAAUUCCAACAGAAUAGAUUGAAUACUUCAGAAAUAGGAAGAAGUAGGAGCCACAACCCACAGUUGGGUCACGCGUGUCACUCCAGUGUCUCUCAUCUUCCUGAUUCAUAUUUACUCUUAUGUGCAGGAUAUAACUGGCCUGUUGUGGUGGUUUGAAUGAAUGUUUAAUCUGCCACUUGUAGGGGCAGUACUGCAAAAGACAAUUAUUGAGAUGGAUGUUUGAUGUGGAUUGUGCAGUUACCAUAUAGCGAGUUAUUUCAUUUCAAUUAAAGCAUUUAUAACUCGUUGUGCUGUACUGUAUGUCGCUGGGUUUUCGUUGCAUCUGUGAAAACAUGAGGAACUAUCAAAGCCAUCUGAAUGUCUGAUAACAGAUGAAUGCAUGUGUAGAACAUGUCUUGAAAUGAAAUAAAAUAAAAUACAAAUAAAAGGCAAAACCUUUGCCUUGUGU